AUGUCGGCCUCAAUCCUCCGCGUCGCCGCCCGCGGCCCCGCCACCACCUUCUUCCGCGCCAACACCCUCCGCUCUGCCACCCAGCCGCUGACUGCCCGCGCAGCCGUUUUCGUGCCUGGUCUUCUGGCUGGCGUCCCUUCGGCCAAGAACAGCUUCAGCAGCACCGCCCGCGCUCGCUCCGAGCACGGCGAGGAGACCUUCGAGGAGUUCAGUGCUAGGUACGAGAAGGAGUUCGAUGGUGUUCAGGAUGUUUUCGAGCUUCAGCGCAACCUCAACAACGCCUUUGCCUACGAUCUCGUCCCAUCUCCCUCCGUCCUCACUGCUGCGCUAAAAGCUGCCCGGAGGGUCAACGACUACCCUACUGCUGUGCGGAUCUUCGAAGGCAUCAAGGCCAAGGUCGAGAACAAGGGCCAGUACCAGCAAUAUCUCGAUGAACUAAAGCCUCUGCGGGAGGAGCUCGGCGUCCUGCUGAAGGAGGAUCUCUACCCGGAGGAGGCGUCGUCUUAA